GCGUUUUACUCGCGACGCGCCGUUUGGCCUGCUUGUUCUUUAUUCUUCAUCUUACACAGGUCGGCGUUCAACGUUCAAUUCCUCAAGCUAUGAUUACUCUUCUUUACUUUCUGGCUGUGAUUGUUGCUCUUGCUCUGACAAUUCACUAUCCGAUAUCAUACACGAGGAGAAAGCAUGCGUUCACAAUAAGCUCUGGAUAGUAUUCUGAGAUCUGCUUCUUUGUCCUGGUUUUCUACGCGUUCCACGAUCGUGUUCGUUGCCAAGCACGCUUCUCACACACAGAAGAGACUAUUAUUAUGUUCACGAAGGACUUAGCGCUAGGAGCUCAUUUGAGCCAUUCAUUUCGGAUUGCGCGUGACGUCAAGCAGAUGGGUAUAUAAGCUUUAACGGAACUUAUUGGAACUCCACCUCUCCAGCACUCUCACCCGUCUUUCCGGUUCAUUUUUCGCACUGUUGCUUUGAUUCCACGAUCCUUCACGGCUCCUUGACUUCCGUCGUUUGGCUAUGGCAUAUCAGUAUUAUCAGACCUCAUACCCUGGCUGGGGCCAAAGCCAGGUUAGUAUACUAUUUGCGUUUUCUUAUCCUCUUCUGAUAGUCCAUCGAUUGCAGCUGCAAUUCGGGGCCCCUCCGAUACCUAACAUCCAUCCUCAGCCACACUGGAGUGGCUGGGACUACUACAGUGCACAUGCGAUCAACCCCGACCCCUCUCUGUUCUACUCUGUCAUGAGCCGUGCCCGUGAAUAUGGGGGUACAGGUGGCGUUGGCAUGCACGAAGCUCAAUCAUGGCAUCGUCGUAUCUACAGCGGUCUAGUGCCAUUAUCCCAGGCGCUCCCUACCGAUAUUGGCUCCGCAGCAGCCUACGAAGCGUAUCGUGUGUGGCGGCACCACCACAGCGUCAUGUACGACUGCCUCGCAGGCCAGAUUGAGAGGGAACGUGAAGGACUUAUUGGUAUCGCUACGGCAGAAGCCAGUCACCUGUGGCAGUAUUCUGGUCGGGCAAUGGACGCCUAUGGCCUUCGCGAAGCAUUGGAGAGUGCAGCAUUGACAGCUUCUAGAAUAGCUUAUCGAGUCAUGGAGGACCGGGACGGUUACUCAGGAAGACGAGGCUCUGUUGUUGACGAUGACUACGAAAGUGACUACCCCGAUUCACGCGAUUAUCGGCGCCGCCGUCGCCAUUCAUCCAUUGGUUCAGCCCCAUCCAUGCUUGGAGGCGCACCUAGCGUUGGCAGUGCAUAUGGAACACCUUAUGGAACGCCCUAUGCCACGCCAGUGCCUAUCCCUACCCAGAAUCCAAUGAACGCUGGUUACGGUGCCGGCGGUAGUCCGUACUAUGGUGGUGGCGGCUUGCCUCGUUCAUACGGCGGCACACCAUCCAUGCUUGGAGGCGGACUCGGCUCUCAGCCACCAUACAACACCAACCCUGUGAUUCCCGGUGCCCCGAUUGGCGGUUUCUCAGUACCAUAUCCCGGUAGCACACCUUCAUACGUUGGAAAUACGACCGGAUACCCUGGCACUACUACUGGAUACCCGGGAGCUACUACUGGUUACCCUGGAAGCAGUCCAUAUAUGGGUGCAGGUGUUCAGUACCCUUCAACAGGAUACGGAAACACCGUUAUGGCAGGUAAUAUACCCAAUGUACCACCAGGUUCCACCGUCAUCAUUCAACAACAACCUAGACGACGAAGGUCAUCCGGCGGGCACAAGCACCACCACCGCUCGAGGAGUUCUGAUCCCUUACGUGGGUACGGGAGCAGUUAUCGGAUGUAAACUGGCUGCAUUGCGGUCCAAUGAUUCUCAGCACUUCUCUCAUGAUUAUUCCUUAGUAUGCUUCUUCUUCUUGCACGUUCACUCUUUUCCCUAUCCUUCGACGAUGUACGAUUGGUUUAUACCAAAUAGUCCAUAUGCAACCUUAUUCUGUAAUUCAUAAUACCCUGUUCUCGACUGAUUUUUUUUUUUACCUUGGGCUACGUACUGUCUAUGCCAUGUCUUUCAUGAUGUGUAGUUUGUCACUUUUCAUGCCAAGGACUUUCAAAUUCUAGCCUUGCAAGGAACUUAAUGGUCAGGGACAAUUCA